UUCUAUCUCUAUGGCCGCACAAGCGCCAUAGAGCGUCUACCACUUUUCUAUCUCUAUGGCCGCGCAAGCGCCGUAGAGCGUCUACCACUAAACCCUAACACGCCGCCACCAACGAGAAAGAGGCGACGGAGCGGCAGCUCCGACUUCGCCCCGCCCCGCCACGUGAGGCCGGAGGCAGCGGGGGUCCGAUGGAUGCGGCGGCGGCGGGAGGGAUGCUGUCUUUCCGAGUGUUGGCGGAAUGCCGGCAGAGCCGAGCGCGCGCGUCCGAGUUGCGGCUGCCGCACGGCCCCGUCAGCUGCCCGGUCUUCAUGCCCGUGGGCACGCAAGGGACCAUGAAGGGCCUCACCGCCGCCCAGCUGGACGCCCUGGGGUGCCGCCUGUGCUUGGGCAACACCUACCACCUGGGCAUGCGCCCCGUGAUAGAUGUUUGCAACUGAGAAAGCAUAGCUUGUCUAUUUAUGAACUGGUCACGGAACCUGCUCACAGACAGUGGUGGGUUUCAGAUGGUCUCAUUGGUGGAGCUCUCUGAGGUGACGGAGGAAGGAGUACGCUUUUGUUCUCCUUAUGAUGGAAAAGAGAUACUGUUGACUCCAGAAAAAUCCAUUGAAAUACAGAAAGCGCUUGGAUCUGAUAUCAUGAUGCAGUUAGAUGAUGUGGUCAGCAGCACAGUCACUGGUCCCCGUGUAGAGGAAGCCAUGUUCAGGUCUAUUCGCUGGCUUGACAGAUGUAUUGCAGCCCACGGCAAGCCUAGCCAGCAGAGUCUGUUUGCUAUUAUCCAAGGUGGUCUGGAUCCUGCUCUUCGAACCAAGUGCCUGGAAGAAAUGACUAAACGUGACGUUCCAGGCUUUGCCAUUGGGGGCCUGAGUGGUGGUGAAGCCAAAGAUCACUUCUGGAGGAUGGUGGCCCUCACCACAAAUCACCUUCCAAGGAACAAGCCUCGCUAUCUUAUGGGAGUUGGUUACGCUACAGAUCUGGUGGUGUGUGUGGCUCUGGGCUGUGAUAUGUUCGACUGUGUCUUUCCCACAAGGACUGCCCGCUUUGGUUCAGCCUUGGUCCCCAGUGGCUCCCUGCAACUGAAGAACAAGCAGUAUGCCAAGGACUUCCGGCCAAUUGACCAGAACUGCCAUUGUCCCACCUGCCAGAGGUAUAGCCGAGCUUUCUUGAGUGCCCUCCUCCGCCACGACACGGCUGCCAUGCACCACAUAACCAUACAUAACAUUGCUUACCAGCUGAACCUGAUGAGUUCAAUACAAGAAAGCAUCAUGGAGCAGAGAUUCCCACAGUUUGUUCAGGAUUUCAUGAAGACCAUGUAUCAAAACUCGCACAACUACCCCCAGUGGGCCACAGAGGCCCUAGCCUCAGUAGGAAUCACUCUGGAGUGAGCUACCAAGGCAAUCAUCAAGCAGUAUGGGACCCUGUACCUAUGAAAUAGUAGAAAACACAGUCUGCUCCUUGACUCUGGGCUGCCUGGUUCAUUGAGAACAGCAAGUCUUCUGUAGCUCCCAGCCUUUCUUUCCAGAACGAUCAGCUAAGCAACUGCAUGCCAGGAACAGGAUUUUUUUUGUUGGACUACACAUCUCGUAAAUCCCCGUUUUGGGAGUUCUCUCUUAUUUACACACACCUUACAGACACCUAAAUGUGUCUGGCCCAGGAGAAAAGGCCUAAACUGUAAGGUGGGAUAUAAUUUUUACUCUUUUGUUAUCUAAGAUGAUGUGCCAGCUUCAUGUCUAGUCUCUUGUCGCUUUCUCAUUAAGAUUGAUGCAAACAUGUUAAAGCAUAUUCUGCCCUCUCUGAGAGUAUAUUAUUUAAUUCAUAUUUACCAUUUUGCAAGUCCUGAUAAAGUUCAGGUGUGGAAGAUACUAGAAUCUUGUUUUUCAGAGUUACUUUCAUGGUUCUGAGCUGCUUCUUGUGGGAAGCGUAGGCAAGGAUUCUCCCUCUUAUAAAGGCUUUACAUACUUCCUACUCCAUAAUGUGAGUGCUACUUGAUCCUCCAUUUAUAUUAAAGUAUUCUGAUAAUACAUCCAA